AGCCCUCUGCAGAGGGAAGGAACACUCUCUGCCCCCAGGUCAGGGAAACAUGUCCCGUCGGAAACAGACCACUCCUAACAAAGUUCACUGUGAGUAUGAUGUUAUGCAGCAUUGUGGGACCCUUGCUCUGGCUGGGUUCUGGAGUGAGGUGGGGAGGAGUGGAAUGAUGGGAGUGAUGGGAAGAGAUAGCUUGUGGGGAAUGGUGGUUACUCAUCUUUUAUCUUAGGGUACAAAAGAAGAGAAACUGAGCUCUGUGCAUCAGGGAAGCUGGCUGUGUCCUGGCAUAGUAGGACAGGGGUAGGCUUGAACAGCUAAUGCUGUGAGUGUAGGUUUGUAUAUGCAGGGCCUGUAGCUGGCCUUUGCAUUCACACUGUCAAAAGUACAAGUUAGAACACUAGAAAAUGUGGCUUGAGGCUCUGGCGUCUUGCUAGCAAAGGAAGUUCUAGGCAAGGUGGUUGGAGCAUGCUGGCUAAAAGUCAGCAAGUCCUGGGUUUUGAUCUUCAUCCUACCACAGACUCAACUGGCUGGCCUUGGGCAUGUUACUUAAGCUCCCUGUACCUCAGUUUCUACCAGAUGAUGAAAUAAAGACAUUUGCUCUUUCCUGUCAAGGAAUGGGUGGUGGCCAAGUAAAUUACAGGGCAAAUAACUGCUGUCUGCCAGAUCAUUCUUGAGCUGAGGUGGGUAAGAUGGAUCUCUGUUUCUCCAUCGUUGCCAAGGCCUAAGCAUUUGUUUGACAGUGAAAGGGUUGAAGAUGCUGUGCAUCAGCACUUCUCAUGGGCAGCCUACAGCCAGGCACCAGUGGAGCUGGGAGGCAGAGAUGGGGGUUUGGCUGCAGAGGGGAAACUGCACAUGUACAGCUUUUGUUUGGCAGCAGAGGGAAUUUGAGGGGCCUGAAAUUAUGCCCUUGUUCAUACUCAGGUUUGUGGCUGGAAACAUGCUUGGAAUUUGGGCUGGAAUUAGGAAAACAAGUUUCCAUUUCUGUAGAUCUGUGAGAGCAAGGCUGCUGAGAGGGCCCUGUGUGUUUUUGGCCGCAGUAGCUGUCAGGAGUGUGAGACAGAGCUGAGUGCUGCAGCCCUAACACUGCCUCAUUGCUGGUGCUGCUGGCUUGCAUGUCUGUGUGUAUGUGUGCUGCCUCUGUGCACACAACAGGCAUCUGUGCAUGCUGCUCUCAGUGCAAGGGGAACCUGGGCUGGAGCUGACACCUUGCACACUCGGUGAGUGCACUGGGAAGAGCUGUCUCUGCCUGGGACUCGCAGCCCCGCUGGCUGGGCAGCUUGGCAGAGCCAGCCGAGCUGUCCUUGCUGGCCAGAGCGAGGUUCUCAAGGAGUGGGGCUUGUGGCACCUGCAUUGCCUUGUGCUCUCUGAUUCCUGCUUCUGGUUGUUGGGUUCCACUGUGGGCAGAGUAUAGAUUUAAUUUGUCUGAUAGCACAUUAAUGACUUUGGAGUUGUUCUUAGAGAAAUUUGAUAUGUCUGGUAUUUUAUCCUGUGAUGCCAGUAACAUGCCUUGUGUCCACACACUUCUGCUUCUUAGAGUGCCCAGGUAUUACUGCUGUUAUUGAGCUCAGGUUUAUGUCAUGUAUGCAGUUAAGCUAUCUUCCUUGGUCCAGAGUUGGGAUUUCUUGAGUAUGGAAACCAAGCACUACAGCAGCUCUAAUUGUGCAGAUAGAGUUUCCAUGGUGUUUAGCUGGGUACUUUUCUGCACUUCACUGCAUAAGGGCUGUGUUCUUCAGAAGCUUGUACUAUCAUAUACCAGACUCUACGUAUCACAAAAUUCAGUGGUGCACUGUUUUCACAGUGAAUAUUGCUUUUUUUAUCUGCAAUACAAAUGGUUGUGUCUCCAGUCCUGGUUUUGGAGGAAGCUGUCUGACAAACACGCUGCCAGGGGGCAGGAGGUUAUAGCAUCAGGUGUGCCAUGGAGUGGAGUUCUGGGACCUGUUCAUCUCCUUUACAUGCAGUACGUUGCUACAGAGCAACUGUUCAUCAGGAGCCAUCGAGAGCAGCAAGUAGGACCACAAGAAAAUAAGGGGACCAAGAGAUACCAGAAACUUGUCAAUGGUGAUGUCUUCACCUUGGGAUGGAAAAUCUUAUCUGUCUUAUGAUGAACACCACGAAAUCGUUGGGACUUCUCUGUCUGCCUAGCCUGCUGUGUGUCGGGAGGGCCCAGAAAUGCCGUGCAGUGCCUUGAAGAGGAUAAUCGGAGAAAACACCGGCUCCAAGAACGGGGUGAGCCAGCAGAAUGAGGAGUCAGGCUGAGACAUAGCAGACACGUUACUGGGACUUCUUCACAGGGCCUGCAGUGGUUGGGAGGAGAGGAAUGAAAGGGACAGCAGGGGAGCAAGUCUUUGCAGGGCUGGAGGAGCAAGCCCGCCAAGCCAUGAUGAAAAAUAACUUUCGUGGAACUCUUGGGGACCAAAGGCCAACAAUUCGUCCACUCCAAGACCCUGACUCCAGCAGCAGUGGCAGCGAUGAUGAGGAAACCACUCAGGAUGAAGUUUCUUCCCAUACGUCUGAGGAAGAUGGCUCAAUGGUGAAAGUGAAGAAGGAAUUAGAAAACGCAGAACGACCUGUAGCUGGAACCCCAUUGAUAAGAGAAAAUGAGGUGCCUGAGAGUGGGAACGCUGAGCCCAUACUGGGACUGUCACAAUGCCCCCUCUGCCAGCUCGAGUGUGGAAGCAGAGAUCAACUCAUUGCACACGUCUACCAGCACACUGGAGCGGUGGUGAGUGCCAAGAGCUACCUGUGUCCUGUGUGUGGCAGAGCCCUCAGCUCCCCAGGAUCCCUUGGGAGACAUCUCCUGAUCCACUCAGAGGACCAGCUGUCCAACUGUGCAGUUUGUGGAGCACGCUUCACCAGCCACGCCACCUUCAACAGUGAGAAGCUGCCAGAGGUGCUCAGUGCGAAUCGGCUGCCGGCACCGCAGAGCCAGGGCCCCUCCGGCGCUCAGGGGAAGGAUGUCGCCUUCUGUGCCCCCGUGUAUCCCGCGGGCAUCCUGCUGGUGUGCAACAACUGCGCCGCGUACCGCAAGCUGCUCGAGGCGCAGAGCCCCGGCGUGCGCAAGUGGGCCCUGCGGCGCCAGAACGAGCCCCUGGAGGUGCGGCUGCAGCGCCUGGAGCGGGAGCGCACGGCCAAGAAGAGCCGGCGGGACAACGAGACGCCCGAGGAGCGCGAGGUGAGGCGCAUGCGGGACCGGGAGGCCAAGCGGCUGCAGCGCAUGCAGGAGACGGACGAGCAGCGGGCGCGGCGGCUGCAGAGGGACCGGGAGGCCAUGCGGCUGAAACGCGCCAACGAGACCCCCGAGAAGCGACAGGCCCGGCUCAUCCGCGAGCGCGAAGCCAAGAGGCUCAAGCGGCGCCUGGAGAAAAUGGAUAUGAUGCUCCGGGCGCAGUUCGGCCAGGACCCCUCUGCCAUGGCCGCUUUGGCAGCUGAGAUGAACUUCUUUCAGCUGCCAGUGAGCAAUGUGGAGCUGGAGAGCCAGCUGCUGGGCAAAGUGACCUUUGAGGAGCAGAGCAACAGUGUGUUGCACUAAACCGCAGCCGAGAACUGUGCUGCCUUUGCUGCACCUGCCACGUGUGCAGUAGCAGGCGUCUGCGCCCAGGAGGCUGCUGGGGGUCCCUGCCUGACCCUCCCUGACAGGUUCUGGUUUUCCUCUGAACCCAGGAGGAGAACAGAGCUGAGAGAUGCCUGCCAAAGCAGCUCUGGUGGGAGCAGAUUCUGAGGAUACAGUCUGCUCUGGGGGCCAAGUCACAGCCUGUGACAGAACGAAAAUAAAUUAAUGUAUUAAUUAACAUUAAUUAAUGUUCACAUGUAUUAGU